GGGGGUGGCACUUCUCGCUCCCUCCCCAGCCGAGGAGAAGCAGGCAAGGAGCCGUGGUAAGGUGGGAGGACCCUGUGCUUGGUGCUCGGACCCGGUGCCACAGGAGGAACAAGUAGGGCAGGGGCCCUGACAGCAGCACCAGGAGAAAGGGACAUGAAGGUUUGCCAUGCAGAGGAGGAGGACCACGGAGGAUCCCUGCUGCAGCCUGGUGGGUCAGGACAGCAGAGGCGCUCGCUAUGGCAGCCUGAGUGAGGAGGCCAUUGAAAUACCUCAGCCUAGCAACUCGGUCCUGGGCCAGAAGAGAACCACCAACAUCUUCAGCGAUGGCAGUACAAGGAUAGACUUUGUCUUGGUGUGGGAAACUGUCCCCUGGGAGCUGAGUGGGCAGCAGGACAGCUGUGAGAACUGGGACUUGCAGGAGACAUCUGCCACUAUCCACAGGACCUGGCGGAAGAACUUUCUGGACAAGCUUCAUGCUUCUGGGAUCCACAUGGAGAAGCACGUGACCCAUGCGGAGAAGAAGGUGGUGCAUUACCUGCUGCUGAGCGCACCCUGGCGCGUGCUCUGCUACUACGCUGAGGAGCUCCAGCUCCGUGUGCCACUGCAGGUGCUGCCCAGGCAGACCUCCAACUGGUCAGCCAGCGUGCUGCAGUGGCUGGGCAUCCCCAACCUGAUGGCUCAGGAGGUUCCCAACCUGCCACUGGACUACUACACCUGUCCCUUCAAGGCCAACAAGCUGCGCUGGUUCCUGGGGAGUGAUGAGCAGGACACCUUCUUCUCCACCACCCAGCGGCACCAAAUUCUCUACGAGAUCCUGGCCACGACACAGUACGGCCACUCCAGGGAGCGGGAGGUGGGGAUAGUCCGGCUGCUGAGUGAGAACGUCUUCACAGCCGCCUUCCCGCUACAUGAGGGUCCCUACAAGCUCCAGCCGGGAGCCUCCAGCCUCAGCCAGCGCCAAGUCCUCUUCCAGUACUGGGCCAGCUGGGGGAAGUGGAACAAGUACCAACCACUAGAUCACAUCCGCAAGUACUUUGGGGAGAAGAUUGCUUUCUACUUCGCCUGGCUGGGUUUCUACACAGGAUGGCUCUUACCUGCUGCGGUGGUGGGGAUGGUGGUGUUCAUCAUGGGCAUUUUCCUCAUGUUCAAUGAUGUACCUUCGCAGGAGGUCUGCAGCAGCGACGAGCGGUACUGGAUGUGUCCUCUCUGCAAGACCUGUCCCUACUGGCAGCUCUCCACAAUCUGCAGCACGUUCAUGGCAGGGCGGCUCUUUGACCAUGGUGGGACCAUCUUCUUCAGCAUCUUCAUGUCCCUGUGGGCAGUGCUGUUCUUGGAAUUCUGGAAGCGGACCAAUGCAUCCCUUGCUCACCACUGGGACUGCUCCGAGUUUGAGGACAUCGAGGAGCGGCCAAGGCCUCAGUUCACAGCCAUGGCUCCCAUGACGAUAACAAACCCUAUAACAGGGGCAGAAGAGCCGUAUUUCCCCAAGCGCAGCCGCCUCCACCGGAUUUUGGCUGGUUCAAUGGUCAUCAUAAUGAUGAUUGCCGUGGUGGUGAUGUUCCUGGUCUCUGUUAUCCUCUAUCGGACAGUGGUCGCCAUCCUCCUCUCCAGCUCAGGAUACUUCUGGUUUGUGGCUUCGGCAUCCCGCAUUGCCAGCAUCACUGGCUCAGUGGUGAACCUCAUCUUCAUCCUCAUCCUCUCCAAGAUAUAUAUUUCCCUGGCUCAUUUCCUCACCAAGUGGGAGAUGCACCGCACCCAGACCAAGUAUGAGGACGCCUUCACCUUCAAAGUGUUCAUCUUCCAGUUUGUCACCUUCUACUCCUCUCCUGUUUACAUCGCCUUCUUCAAGGGGAAGUUCGUUGGUUACCCUGGGAACUACCAGAGCUUUCUGGGGGUCCGCAACGAAGAGUGCAGCCCAGGUGGGUGCUUCAUUGAGCUGGCACAGGAGCUGCUGGUUAUCAUGGUGGGGAAGCAGAUCAUCAACAACGUGCAGGAGGUGGCCAUCCCGAAGCUGAAGUGCUGGUGGCACAAGAACAAGCUCCUCUCCAGCAAGAAGGCGGGCAAAGAGGGGGACUCGGUCCUAGUGGAGCAGGCGCCCUGGGUGAUGGACCACCAGCUGCUGGUGUUUGAGGGGCUGUUUGAUGAAUACCUGGAGAUGGUCCUGCAGUUUGGCUUUAUCACCAUCUUUGUGGUGGCCUGUCCCCUGGCACCCCUCUUUGCUCUGCUCAACAACUGGGUGGAGAUCCGCCUGGACGCCCACAAGUUCAUCUGUGACUAUCGGCGGCCAGUGGCUGAGCGGGCACAGGGCAUCGGCAUCUGGUUCUCCAUCCUGGAGGCCAUCACUCACUUGGCCAUCAUCAGCAACGCCUUCCUCAUCGCCUUCACCUCUGAUUUCCUGUCCCGCCUGUACUAUCAGCAUGUCCACGACAGCGGCCUGCAUGGCUACGUGAACUUCACCUUGGCAUACGCGCCGUGGGACUUCGUCCUGCAGAGCAACACCACGUGCAGGUACAGAGCCUUUAGGGACCGGGAUGGCAACUUCACCUUGACUCACUGGCAGCUGCUGGCCGUACGCUUGGGCUUCAUCAUUGUGUUCGAGCACGUCGUUUUCUUCACUGGACGUGUGAUUGCGUGGCUGGUACCUGACAUUCCUGAGUCCGUCGAGGUCAAGGUGAAGCGCGAGCGGUACCUGGCCAAGGAGGCCCUGGCUGAGAACAAGGUGUUCCUGGAGCGACGGGAGACAAGAAGCAAGGCCCGCGUCACGGACCCAGCUGCAGGCAGGGACUGGGAAAGGGAGCAGUUGGCCAGCAGCUGAGCGCUGCAGCACGUCCCACGGCACGGGGCCGGGACCCAAGGGCUGCCACCCGGCUCCUCCUCGGGCACGCUGUGACCCUCCCACGGGGCAGCCCCUGUGCCAAGCUUGGCCUGCCACAGAGCCUGUGGGUGCUGUGCAGGGGGGCCUGUCGCAGAAGGCAGAUGAGAGGUUCUGGAGGAGGUAAGCAAGAGGGACCACGGCUGGUGCUUUCCUCUCCUCCCCUACACGGGCAGUGUCCCCACACCUCCCUCUGCCGCUGCCCAGUGGCCUUCUCACCUCCUCCUGCAACACAAAUCCUGUCUCAGCAAGGGCAUCGCUGCAGCAGAGGCUCUUGCAUGCAAGAGGGAACCCCUCAGACCAGGUACGCCCAGCCAGGCAAGGGCUGCCUUGGAUCUCAGCCCACCAGCAGAAAUAAUAUCCGUGACACGC